CUGCAUGAUUUGUUUUUCAGACUCUAUUUUCACAUCAACUUCUUAUGUUUUGCUGUGUGAGUUGGGGAACUGUUCUGUGAGCAACCUACCAUUUGAUAUCAAAGGACAACUUGUUUUUUCAGCCUUUUUUUGAAGGAAAUCUAUUUUCUUUUUUUUCCUAAAAAGUAAGAGAGCAGCUUUAUUCCAGGUAUCCAGGCGAACCUUCAGUCAGACCAGCCAGCCAUGCCAGCGCAGUGUGUGACGGAGUGUGUGAGCAGGCGAUGGAUCCCGGCUGUGUGUCUCCUGGUGGCCUUGCUGGGCUCCCUCCUGCUGGCGGCCCUCACGAGGCAGCAGCUACGAAGUGUCACCAUAAGCAAGAGGGAACUUUCCACCAAUAGCAUGGGUUCGUCUUCAAGUACACUUUCCCAAGUGCGUCUGGUGAACGGGCGUCACCGGUGCGAGGGCCGGGUGGAGGUGCAGCACAACGACACCUGGGGCACGGUGUGUGACGACGACUGGGACAUGGUGGAUGCCAACGUGGUGUGCCGCCAGCUGGACUGCGGCAUGGCCAUGGCCGUGGGAAGCAGCUCCCAGUUCGGCCAGGGCGCCGGGCCCAUCCUGCUGGACAACGUGGACUGCAAGGGGGGGGAGAACGACCUGGGCCAGUGCGGGAGUCUGGGGUGGGGGAUUCACAACUGCUACCACUACGAGGAUGUGUCUGUCACCUGCAAAGACACAUCAGUGCUGGACUCAAGAGGCAUUAUGGAACCCACCACACCUUCUAAGAGAAACUCUGGACUGAGAGAUGGCACCAUCCGCCUAAUUGGUGGGCUGGACUCGUGCCAAGGCCGGGUGGAGGUCUACUACCGGGGCAGCUGGGGCACGGUGUGUGACGACGACUGGGGCCUGAGUGACGCCGGGGUGGUGUGCCAGCAGAUUGGCUGUGGCAACGCCGUCUCCGCUACCACCAACGCCUUCUUCGGCUACGGCACAGGCCUCAUCCUGCUGGACAACGUCAACUGUAACGGCUACGAGAGCCAGCUGACCAGUUGCUACAGCCUAGGCUGGAGCAUCCACAACUGUGGCCAUCAUGAGGAUGCUGGAGUCAUCUGUUCUGGUUCUGGGUCCACCACUGUGCCCCUGAUGAACACCGAUCCGUUAGGCGGGAGGGGAUUCUUCUGGACUGACAGCACUCCAGGAGUGACAGAUGGCACUGUGCCUGUUACUGGGACCACAACGAAGGCUACAACGACUGCUAUGACAACCAAAGAACAGCCCUCUAUCCGCUUGGUGAACGGGGGGAACAACACCUGCCAGGGCCGCGUGGAGGUCUACCACAACAACGUGUGGGGGACGGUCUGCGACGACGACUGGGACCUAGCCAACGCCCAGGUGGUGUGUAGGCAGCUGGGCUGUGGCCCGGCCAUCGCGGCCAAGGUCCUGGCCUACUUUGGCUACGGAUCCGGCCCCAUCCUGAUGGACAACGUGGACUGCAGUGGCAACGAGGGGGAUCUGACCGAGUGCUUCAAUCUGGGCUGGGGGCAGCACAACUGCGGCCACCACGAGGACGCGGGAGUCAUCUGUGCACCCGUUGACAUCCUGGAUGGAGGUGGACGGGACUUUUAUGUGACGCAGACGAUGCCCACCCCCCCGCCCCCCAGCGAAGGACAAGUGAGGCUGGUCGGCGGGCAGCAUCGAUGCGAGGGCCGGGUGGAGAUGUUCUCGAGGGCGGCGUGGGGCACGGUGUGUGACGACGCCUGGGACCUCCCCGACGCCCAGGUGGUGUGUCGCCAGCUGGGGUGCGGGCCGGCUGCCGCAGCCAGGAUCGAGGCCUUCUUCGGGCCCGGCGCAGGCACCAUCCUCCUGGACAAUCUCAAGUGUACCGGUGCGGAGGGCUCGCUCCAGCAGUGCUCCCACAUAUCCUGGAACGUGCACAACUGUGACCACACUGAAGACGCUGGGGUCACCUGCUCACUGUCGUGAUUCCAGCCACGCCACCCUCCCCCUCCCCUGCCUCUGGGAGGGGCGGGGCCAACACCCAGGACUUGUAUACAUUAUGUAAAUAACAGCUCACCCAACACAUCUUACAAUAAUAAUAUUUGAUACUUAGUUUAUCUAUUCCUAUUAAGCACUUUAUAAAUAUAUGCAUAUAUAUAUAUAUAUAUGAUAUAAAAUACACUGCACACAUUUUUUGGGGGGGGGGAGAGAUAACAAGUGGAAACUAAAGUUUCAAACAGACUCUCUGUAUAUCUCUUCUUUUAUUUUGCCAAGAUGCUAAAAUAUUUACCACUCAUACCAGCCACAUGGUUGAUAGUUCUUUGAUGGUUAAGUAAGGUAGGCUGGAUCAAGCUCAUUUAUAAUUCAGUGUGGAGAUAAAAUAGCUUCCUCCCACUAUCCUUUGCUCAGCAACACAAACAGCCAUAGGAUGCAAGCUGAGCAACAACAACCAGAAUCUUCAAGAGGCCUGUUAGCUGUGUAGGAACUGCUUGCUUCAGGUCAAAUCUCUUGUUCACUUUACCUCCGCCAGUGGAAAGAUAGUUUUCUUGGCCCUUUCCUUUGCUACAAGCAUGCGCUUCCCAUAUAAACUAGCUCUCUCAAUUUAUUUUGGAAGAGAACUGGGUGUGUUGAUCAUAGGGACCUCCAAAUCCUCAGACAAUUCUAAGACCUUUCAUCUGGGAAUGCUAGUUUCCAAUUGUCUUGUGUCUAUAACAGCAUAUUUGUUUUAUGUGUUUAGUCAAAUGUUUGGUUUUCUAAAAUACGUCAAAUUACUGUUGUAUCUCUCACACAAUGCUGUUUCAGUAGUAGGGCAAAUGAUCUAAGCUUUACUGCCUUAUUAUGGAAUGAGUGGUGUCUUGUCCAUUUCUGUUAUGGUUGACUACAGGGUGUAUAUUACAUAUAGUCUUGGCAUGAAAGAGAAGAAGUGUGUGUAUGUGUUUAUGGAACUGUGUAUAUGUGUGCAUUUGUAUAUGUAUGUAAACAUUAAAUUACCUGCUUACUUUGGGGAAAGUGCUUGUUACAGAAAUCCAUCAUUUUCAAUUAUUAAAUCAAGUCUUCAAUGAAAUCCUGUUCUGUUUAAACAAUCUAUCUUAAUAUACAUGUGAAAUGAUGAUUAGGACAUGUUUAUUAUACCUUAUUGCCAUAAGUGAGAUUGAGAGGAAGAGCACACAAAUUGAAUAAAUCCAAGAAACUUUAUGACUUGAGUCCACAGCAUCGCCACUCAUGGCACAGCAAUUCUCAGGUUCAAAAAAGUGCCCUCAGGCAAGGGAGCAAUAUAGUGAUAUGAAAUCAGUCAUCUGUGUGUGUGGCGGCCAUUGCAGGAUCCCCACCACUGGAAAACAGUUUGAUGUACUUGGUGCAAAUAUAAUGUAAACUGUAGUUCUAGUAGCUUAACCCUCUUUCCUCUGCCAUGCUGGGUGAAAAUGUCUAGAAAUGUAGCAAUGGUGUUGAGCAUCUUAUCCACUGACUUCAAUGUUAAGC